AUGAGCAGUAACAGCAGUACAGAUACUGAUGGACCACCAGAGACAAAACGAUUUCGGAUUGAUAUUAACACACAGGUCGGUCUCGAUGCUCCAUCUGUUUCUUCAAACUGCGCUCCACCAGUCGCCGGUGAAGCAUCACAAGACGGACAGUCACCAGCUGCUCCGUCUUCAGCCAGUUAUCGUUCUUCUAACAGUAGUGUCAUUUCGUCAUCUGAAUCACCAAGUAAAGUAGAAGAUGUUGAUGUUGGGCAAGAUGAAGAGGAAGAAGAAGAAGGAGAGGAUUCAGAUGAGAUUGAAAUGGAUGUCAAUGAAUCCGGACAAACUGGAACAAUUGUCAACAACUCUGGAAUAUUUGAAAUGCUAAAUAAAACAUUCGGAGGAGUAUUUAAUUGUGAUCUAGAUGGAAUAAUGCGUCCAAAUGCUCUUCUUCAUCCAUCAUCUCCGCCCACUCCGAUUCAAUCAGUUGUCCCUGGAGCAGUUGCAGUUGCUCAAAGCCCUGCAGCACAACUUUUUGCCAAUGAUGACUGGAGUUGGCAUCGGAAUCCAGCUGCAUCAAUUCGUAGUGGUGGAACCAAUAAACAAACUCCCGUCUGGAAAUAUUUCGUUUAUAACAAAACAGAAAACUUGAGCAGAUGCAUCGUCGGAGAUUGUACAUAUAUGUUGAAAGGUCCACACACUUCCACUUUGGCGUGUCAUUUGAAGAAACAUACACGAGAAUAUUCAGAGUUCCAAAAACUCAAACAAGAAUACUCGCGGACUAAAUUGGACCAACAACCCAAGAUCCCAGAUGGAGCUCCUCAUCCAUUGACUCUUCAAACCCAAACUGCUCCACGACAAACAGGAUCACCAGCCUCCACGUGUAAUACAAAUACAAAUACUUCUUCAUCAGUUUCAACUGGAUCUUCUUCUGGACCAACUUCUGGAUCAAAUUCAACAAUGGAUUUGAGCAUGAAAAAACCGAAAAAAGAGCCGAGUUCCACUAAACUGAACGAGAUGUUGUUGAAUGGACUUCGUCAAGUUUCCUCGAAUAACUCAACUGGAUCUCCUCCAACAACUCCUCAACAGACUUCUCAGAUUCCAAAUAUGCCUAACUUCGUGACUAACAUGAUGCUCCAAAUGAAUCCACUGCAUAUGAUGUUGGCUCAAACUCUUCCAUCUGCCACUCCGCCCACUUCUUCUGCAAACUCAUCGUCUACUUCUGGUUUGAAUGUUCUCCAACAAGCUGGAUUGGCUUUGGCUGCUAAUGGUCAGAUAAUACAAUCAAAGAAAUGGAGAAACGAUGAUAAGAAACAAAAGGAAUUGUCAUCCAAGCUGGCAUUGGCACUUGCCACGUCACAUGUUAACUUUGAAGUCAUUCAGAAUCCUCUGUGGAAAGAAGUUUUCGAAGUGGCACAACCGAAAUUCACAAUUCCAAGUGAAUCGCAAUACGAAAGUAUUGUUAAUUCGGCUUCUCAAAAAUUGAUUCAAGCAUUGAAAGGACAACUUUCAAUGAACAAGAAACUGAAUCUUCUCUUGGAUAUCACCAAAAUAACUGCUGAUAUUUCUCGGGUUACUGUAUCGGCAGCAUUGACUGGUGGAGCUGGAAAUAGUUAUGAAACUCAAGUAAUUCUUCUAGCAUUCCGUAAUAUCCCUGGAAAUCAAUCAGAGGAUUUGAGUGCUGUUUUCGAGAAAAUUCUGGAUGAUUACAACAUUUCACCGACUUCAAUCAAUCGUAUCAUCUGUUCCGGACUGAAUGAAAUAAUUGAACCAACUGAACUUCCAAGACAAAUGGAUGCAUUCUCUUAUCGCCUUUCCAACUGUUUCCAUCUUUGGCUUGAAACAUCACCGACUCUUGAAUUGCUCAAAAAGAAUAUUUAUUCAAUGCUUCUAUCCUAUUUGACUGUUCCAACUGCUGUUCAAAUUGCAAGUCAAAUGCUCAAGACGAAAUUCGAGUUGCCAGUAACUGAGUCAUUUUCUGUUAUUGUCGAGAAUCUUCUAUCUCAUCGUGAAAUUUAUCAAAUGAAGCUAGAAGGGCUUCAACCAAUUUCUGACCGAGAAUGGAGCAAAGUGACUGGAAUUCGUAAUUUGAUGAAUAUCUUCAAACCAUUGAUGUCCUAUUCAACUGAUAUGACCACAGUUGAUACUGUUAUUCCGACAAUUAUGCAAAUUCUAAAUGUUCUUGAAAAGGACAUUUAUCAUCUUGGAGAUAUUGGAUCUGAUCUUUUGUCUUCUCUAAAAUUGACUACUGCAUCAAUUAUGAAUCCAGAACACGAAGAUUUUGAUUCCACAUACAUUCAAGCAACUGCUUUGAACCCACAAUUGGCUGUUACUCUGAAUUCUGAGCAGAUGUCGAUUGCAAAGUCUCAAAUUGAAGCUGAAAUUUCAAAGAGAUCAAAAAAGAUCAAGAAAGUUCAAAGUGAGAAGAAACUGGCAAUGGGAGUGGAUUCAUUGCUUGCGAACGUGAUGAGAAAAGGAGAUGGAUCAGAUGGAAAUUCAUGUGAUGCAUUGGCUAUUUAUGGAGAUUUAUUCCAAUCAAUCACUUCUGGAAACAACUCGGAAUCGAAGGAGAACAUUGUGAAUCAAUACUUUGAAGAGAUAUCCAGCACUCAUUCGGUCGAGAGUAUGUUCAUGCUGCGAACAUUUGGAAAUCCGAUGCAAGCACCUCUCUCAUAUUGGAAAUCAUGCUCUUCUCGCUGCUCCGAAUUGUCAGAUCUUGCCAUGGAACUCCUUUCUAUCCCCAUUUUCACUCUCACUGCUGAAAAAGUUCUCAAUUUUUCUGUCACUUCAAAUUCAUUGAAUACUAACUUAAUUCUUACUAAUUUGGACUCUUCUGAACAGUUUGAGAAGCAAUUAUUACUUCGAUACAAUCGACAGAUUGUCGCAAAACUCUUUAGUUAG